AUGGAAAUUAUAGACCGUGUAAUUUCAGCUUUACUGGAUACUGACAAAUUGCUCUUCAAGGUGACCAUAUCAGCUAACUCUCACACCAGAAGGCAGGACUCUGUCCCCGGCAGCAGGCGCAGGGACAGCUGGGCUCAGCCCCACCUCACGGAGGGCAGCCCCAAGUCCAACGGGACUGGGCAGACACUGGAUUCUCCCAUCCUCUGCACGGAAACAGUGACUUUCACUGCAGUGGGGGAAGGAGAGGAACGGGGCUCCUUCUACUACUCCUUUAAGACUGAGCAGUUGAUAACUCUGUGGGUCCUCUGUGUUUUUACCAUUGUUGGAAAUGCCAUCAUGCUGUUCUCUACACUGAGAAGGAAGAGGAAGUCGAGAAUGACCUUUGUGGCUCAGCUGGCCAUCACAGGUACAUAACUGCAGUGUGUGCAGAAUUCCAAUGGCUCCUCACUUUCAAUUAUUUUACCAAUAGAAUUGGUGUAUUAUCAGUCCAAAAUGCAACCGCAAAUUUGGGAGAAAUUUCUACAGGGAUAUAAAACUCAAAUUUGAAUUUUUCUUCCAGCAAAUUUAACAUAUUUAAAUAUUUAUAAGAUUCCAUUAUAAAAAUAACUCCUUAUACAACAAACUUGAAAAUAUCAUUAUCAGUGCUACCAAAGCAUUCUAAAGAGUUCUACUUUCCCUAUACACAGCAGCCUCCAUGGUUCACUAAGGUGAUAUUACCAUAUCAUACCGUCUUAUGAGCUUAAAGAAUAUAUCCCAGAAAAUAGAGUAAAGGGUAAUUAGGAUUAUCGAGUAAAUGCAAAAUUCUUGGAUGAGGGUAUAAUAACUUUCUUUCACCAUAUUUUUUCAAUUACAGUGUUGUAACCAACAUUCUACAAAACUAUGUGUUCUUCUAGAGUGUAAGAAUUUAGAGGUGGUAAGGAUAUCAGCUUAGAAUUUAAAGUACUGUCAAGAAUAAUAAUAAAUGAACUGAAAUUUCACCAUCUAUUGUCAAAAAGAAGAGUUGCAUGUUCUAGUCAAAUCCAUAGUCUGCUAUGUUAACCUGGGCUUAAUUUCUCACGAAUGUUCUAGAUAGUCUAGAUAGUCUAGAUAAAUUAAUUUGUUAAUACCCUCUGGAAAAACUCAAGGGGUCAGAUCAGGAGCAUUUCAACUGAAGAAUUCUUGGAGAGAGAAAGUUUGCCUAGAGUCUGAGAUUAGGCUAACUUCUUACUUAAAGUGUUAAAAUUUCCUUCAUACACAUGUCACCAUGAUCUCAGAUCCUGUAGUAAGGGAUUUGAGAAUACAUAUCUGAGUCUUUAGUAUGUAUAAAAAGGUUACUCUGGUAUCAGCUGAAGGAUCCUAUUCUUUCAGAUUUACAUAAAUUUGAUUUGAGUCCCCUAUCCUAUGCUAAUGGCCUCCCCAAGAUUUAUUCAAAUUUUCUGGACUUUAUAUUUUUAGUCAUCACUUCUGGUUCUUACUUGCUAACUCUGCUGAACCUUUGCUCUCUUUUACAGGCAUCUCACCUUCCCUAGUCUUUUUUUUUUCUUUUUAAGCCAUACUGACCCUAACAGGGCACUCAGCUCCCCUUUCUUUUAUAUUCUUUAAAAUCAUCCACAGAAACAUAACUUUCUAUGUUUAAAAGACUUUGUCAAAUGUUUCUGGCAACAGAGGGAGAUUGCAUUAUAGCAAAGCAAAUAUAUUAAAAUUGAAUAUUAUAUAUUUUUGAAACUUUCAGCUACAACCAAUUGUGUCUUUGACUCUCCAAUGUUGUUUUAUAGGAUAACCAAAUUUUUUCACAUAAACAUAUUCUUGAAUCAUCAGAUUCAAUUGACAUCAUCAGUGACACACAUAUUUGGAAAAUUAAAUUCAGAGACAUUAAUUCUUGGCUCUUCUGAUAGAGAAAAGUAAGAGUUAACAGUUAUUACUGGGUAAGGCAAUAUUAAUGCCCUUCAUUAAAUAAUAUUUUCCAUCAUGACUCACCUCCUAAGAGCAGCUUCCUACUUACAGGCCGGUGUCCUUGAGUGAUUCUUUAAGGAACAUUUUGAUUUCCAUUUAGUAGGUGAAUCAAUUGGAGUCAGAUUCAUCUGCACAUCUAUAAAAUCCAGAUAAUGGUGGCUUAAGUUUACAAGGAUUUAUUUUCACCUAUGUAAAGAAUUCUGGAGGUAGACGGUCCAGGGAUCAUAUUUUAUUUUCUUGUCACUGGGGUCUCAGGCUCCUGUAUAUAUAUUUUUACUCUAUUAAAGGAUUUUCAUACUCAAGGUCACCUCAUGGUAUGGAUGGCUCCUGGUUCAAGGUGGCUGCUAGAACUCCUGCCAUAAUCCCCAGAUUCUAGUCUAACAAAAAGGACGAGAGGAGGAAGGACAAGAGGGGCUCAUGCCAGCUAUGUGUCCUCUUAACUGGCAUUCCUAGAACUCCCACCCAUUAAUUUUUGCUUGCAUCUCAUUUGUUAUCUCUAACUGAAGAAAAGCUGGUAAAUGUUUUUGUUUGUUCAUUUUUAACCCAUUGGCCAGAAUAAAAUCAAGCUUCUUUUCCUAAGGAAGAAUGAGAGAACAGAGAUAAGUAGCAGUCUCUGGCAUAGCUCGUCUUCCAUAUUUCAGUUUCCAUUGAGAACUGAGAAGUUUAGACAAUGAAUCUCUGUUUGACUACCCAUUUGACUGCUUUGAAGGUGCUUCCUCCAGAGUGCCAUGCUUUCUUCUUUAGACCUCAUGUCUUGGAAGGCCAGCACUUCGCAUGUUGUCCAAACACUGCAGUGACCCACUGGAUGACUGCCCCAUUAAGUAGAUAAACUCCUAUUGUUGACUAUUCACAUAACCUCCCCGCCACCCAGUUUUUGGCUAUUAUUAGCAAUUCUGCAAUGAAUAUUCUCACAAUUAAAUCUUGUGAGCAUUCUUUAUUAUUUAUUUAAGAAAAUUUAUAGACAUGAACUUACUGCAUCAAAAGAAGACACUUCAAACUGGCCAAUGUCCUGUUAGGUAACCCAAGAUUAAAAGAUGAUGAAAAAU